CCCACCUCCCCCCCUGACGUCGAUCAAUCAUUUCUCCAUUAACUUCUCUAUAAAUAAAAAAUCUGGACCAUAUGAAUCAAGACGUAGUUCACCCUUCAUCCAACUCUGUCCACAAGUCAAAGCUAAGGCCAAGGCCUAAAUCUAACUUUUAUAAAACUACCCUUUUUAAAACCUUCAUUUUCUGCUUCCUUCCCUUUAUCAUUUCUCCAAUUCUCCUUACUUACCUCAACAACAAGAACAACAGUCAAAGUGGCAAGAAUUCUGAAAUGGUGUUGUUGGCAGGAUUUCAUAAUGACCCUGGAUUUGCUAAUGUGGAUUCAACUGAAAACGAGUCUGUUCCUUAUAAAGGAACGAUUUUGAGGACUAAAAAUGGUUAUGUUUCUUCAACCAUGGGGGAGCCUUGCUUUUCUUGUACCACCUUCAACAUCCUGGCUCCUAUCUACAAGCGAUUGGAUCAACAGAAUCAGAGCGUAAGAGAAAGUGAUUUUAGAGCAUUUUGGAUAGCUAGAAAUGAGAGGAUUGUAGAUUGGUUGCUUUAUGAAAGGUCUUCCAUUAUCUGUCUCCAGGAAUUUUGGGUUGGAAAUGAAGAAUUGGUGCAUAUGUAUGAAGAAAGACUCGGUGCUGCUGGCUAUGAUACCCUCAAGCUUGCAAGAACCAACAACCGAGGAGAUGGUUUGCUGACUGCUAUACAUAAGGAGUACUUCAGGGUUUUACAUCAUAAAGAGUUGCUCCUGAAUGACUUUGGAGACCGUGUUGCUCAAUUGUUACGUAUUCAAUCAGUUAUCCCUUUCUCGAAAAAUGGGAAUGACAGUUUUGAACAAGAAAUUCUUAUUGUGAACACCCACUUAUUGUUUCCUCAUGAUUCCAGUUUAUCCAUCGUAAGACUGCACCAGGUUUACCAAAUACUGCAACAUCUGGAAACAUAUCAGAAAGAAAACAAACUCAGCGAGAUGCCUGUCAUACUCUGCGGUGACUGGAACGGAAGCAAGCGAGGACAUGUGUACAAGUUCCUCAGGUCCCAGGGAUUUGUAUCAUCUUAUGAUAUUGCUCAUGAAUAUGCAGACAACGAUGCAGAUGCUCACAGGUGGGUUAGCCAUCGAAAUCAUAGGGGAAACAUCUGUGGUGUUGAUUUCAUAUGGCUUCGUAAUCCUAAUAAGUCACGAAAGCCAUUGAAGAUAAGUUGGGCUGAAGCAGCUUUUGGGAUAAUAAAGUAUCAACUUCAAAAGGCUUCGAUGGCUGAAAAUGAUGCCUUUGCCUUUCUAAGGGCUGACAACAAUGGGAACUAUAUAAGUUAUUCGGGUUUUUGUGAUGCACUUAGACAGGUCAAUUUAACUGGUCUUUCUCAUGGACUAAGUUUCCAGGAGACAAAAGAUCUCUGGGUCCAAGCAGACAUUGAUGGAGAUGGUGUUCUAGACUAUGAAGAAUUUAAGGUGAUCAAACGGAAAUAUGAGAGAGCACAUGUGACAUGUAUGAUAAUAUGGGAAGACCAAUGCUGUGAUUAUCUGAUAUAUAACCUUUGUCUCGAACAAAAAUAGCUUUAUGUCAAAUGUAGUAUUUAAACAAAGCCGAAUAAAUGAAAGAAUUCAGAAUUUCAUUCUGUAUGCAUAGAGCAUUGACCCGCCAUCAUCAGUCAUGAGGGGAUGGAGCCAGAAAUUUUUUCUAAGGGGUGCCAAAUUAAACUUCAUAAAAAUGAGUCGCAAAAUAUUCCUAAAACUGACAAAAUAUAUUGAUAACACAAUAUUCAAUCAUACUAAAAAACUUCAUGUCCAUAACUCCUUGUUUUUAGAAUAAAACGUUCAGUAGUAAUUGGUUGA